AUGCCGUGUGGGUGGCUGUGGCUGACGUCGCCGUUCUACUUCUACUACCUCAUGAACGUCACACCGACAUCGCUGUCAUCACGAUAUAAAUAUAUAGCAAAGACGAUACUGUGUUCAUGCCUCGUCAUGCUCUCUGUCAUACGACUCAUCUACGCUGCAGACAGUUACAACACCAGGACAUUCUCUGCCUUCUUCAUCGCGCCUGCUGUCCAGACAGUUACCUUUCUGCUUGCUAUCCUGCUGCUGCUCCUGGAGAGGAAGAAAGGUCUCAUCACUUCCGGGGUGAUGUUCAACUUCUGGCUGCUACUCACCCUGGUUGACUUCAUCCCCUUCUACUCCAUCAUCAUGCAGGAGCAAUACGAGCAAAACAUCCGCAAAGAUGUAUUCUUCUACAUAUACUAUGGGCUAGUAUUGUCAGAGCUGAUCCUGAGCUGUUGUGCAGAGACGUCUUCAGAAUUGACUACCCAGAACAAGAAACCGUGUCCUGAACUGAGCGCUUCCUUUCUCUCAAGGAUCACCUUUUGGUGGAUGAACAGAGCUCACACCAGGGACAGAGACAAGAAAGUGUUACGUUCUAAAACACUUAACGAUUCAGUCAUUCUGGAUGCUGUUCAUGAAAAGACUCCUUUGCUUACGAAAGAUAAACCGAUGAAGAUGAAGGAGCCGGAUUUGACAUCCAAUAGUAACAAAGUGUCCCUAACAAGGAUACUGUGGAGGACUUUCUGGUUCGACGUGUUACAGUUUCAGCUAUGGAGACUUGUGAGCGAUCUGAUUAAGUUUGUGAGUCCUUUGAUACUUGGCCUACUCAUCACCUUCACGACAGACAAGACAAUACCCACGUGGAAGGGCUAUGUGUUGUGUGCCAUCCUCUCGUUCACCACAUUAACUAAGACAGUCUUUUCUCAAGCCAGCUGGUACCAGGGGAGAAAAGUGGCACUACGGAUUUCUGCUGUCACCAUAUCUGCAAUCUAUAGAAAGUCCUUGAAGAUGAGCAACAAGGCCAAGAAAGAGUCUACAAUAGGUGAAAUUGUGAACCUGAUGUCUGUGGACGUAGAGCAUUUGCGAACGUUCAUAUUCUAUAUCUGGGAAUCAUGGUCACAGCCUCUGAAAGUUGUCAUUUCCCUGUAUCUCCUGUACCAGUUUCUUGGAGCCUCUAUGUUUGCUGGGAUGGCGGUUUUGUUUGUGUUGUUGCCCGUCAACGGUAUUACUACUUUACUGUGGAAGAAGUUUCAGGCUGAACUGAUGGAACAAAAGGACAAGAGGAUGAAGAUCACGAAUGAAGUACUCAGUGGAAUAAAGAUUCUAAAACUAUACGCCUGGGAACCGUCUUUCCAACAGAGGAUCCUUGAAGUCCGGAAACAGGAGCUGCACAUUCUGUGGAAGAUCUCCCUAAUGCAGGUUUUCACCACCUUCUCCUGGGCGCUGACUCCCUACCUCGUGUCGUUGGCUACGUUCACGACAUAUAUCGUCACAUCUGAAGAUCACUAUCUGGGACCCGAUGUCGUCUUUACCGCCAUGUCACUCUUGAGCAUCCUGAGACAAGCGGUCGCUUUUGUGUCAAUGAAGAGGAUAACAAAGUUCCUCAAUACUGACGAUUUGGACGAGACACAGAUACAUUUUAACUCCACACAGGGUAGCUGCCAUAAUACAACAAAACGAACUUUUCUUUUCAGUAUCAACUUGACAAUCGACGAAGGUCAACUUGCAGCAGUCGUAGGUCAAGUUGGAUCAGGAAAAUCUUCUCUUUUAUCUGCAAUAUUAGGCGAGAUGAACAAGGUCAACGGCUAUGUCAGUCUAAAGAGUCACAUUGCCUACGUGCCACAAGUUGCGUGGAUCCAGAACGACACCCUGCAGAACAACAUUCUGUUCGGGAAGCCCAUGGACAGACAUUGGUACAACAAAGUAGUGGAUUGUUGCGCUCUGACUCCGGAUCUGGAGAUGUUACCAGCCGGCGACAUGACAGAGAUUGGGGAGAGAGGUAUCAACUUGAGUGGAGGACAGAAGCAGAGAGUGUCUCUAGCUAGAGCUGUCUACAACGAUGCGGACAUCUAUCUGCUGGAUGAUCCACUCAGCGCUGUUGACAGUCAUGUAGGGAAACAUAUCUUUGACAAGGUCAUCAGUAGACAAGGAUUGCUUGCUGGCAAGACUCGUGUCUUGGUCACUCACGGCAUCCACUGGCUCCCAGAGGUGGACUCCAUCCUUGUGAUGACCCGUGGUCAGAUAUCAGAGACAGGGACGUAUGAGGAGCUUCUGCACCAUAACGGACCCUUUUCUGAAUUCCUGCAGAAGUAUCUUCUUGAGAGCAUUGAUUCCGGUAUCACCGAUCCCGAAUGUAAGUUGGACAUUCCACAGUGUUGCAGGAAGUCCCUUGUGGAAAGUACAGAGGUGAAACAAAUCAAAGUGCUGAAAGAGAAUGAACCUGUGAGAGAUAGCAGUAGACUUAUAGGGGAAGAGCAGGUGAAGACUGGCAAGGUUAAACUGAAUGUGUUUCUGGCAUACGGCAGAGCUAUCGGCCUUUGGACUAUAUUAUUCUCACUCGUCAUGUUCGCGUUAUUUCAAGCAAUGUCAGUGACGUCAAAUACGUGGCUCAGUAAAUGGACUGACGACAGCUCCCUCAACAACCUCACCAUUCUCCCGUCCAACAGCUCAGAGCGAAUUGAGAAGAACAAUUACUAUCUAGGCAUCUAUGGUGUCUUAGGAGUAGCUCAGACUGUUUUCAUCAUGACAUUUUCCUGUGUGUGGAACCUUAGGACCGUAAAAGCUGCUGGCAUUCUCCAUACCAACAUGCUGAGGAAUGUUCUGAGGGCACCGAUGUCCUUCUUUGACACCACACCUACGGGCAGGAUUGUCAAUCGAUUCUCCCAGGAUAUACAUACCAUCGACACCAGGAUUCCGAGUCUGGUGGAGCACACUGGCAACACCAUGUUCCGUGUACUCAGCAUCAUCAUCGUCAUCUCCUACACCACGCCCAUAUUCCUCGUGGUUAUCAUCCCCUUGGUUAUUCUGUACUCCUUUAUUCAGCGCUUCUACGUCACCACCUCAAGACAACUCAAAAGAUUAGAGACCAAAGCUCGCUCCCCAAUAUACAGCCAUUUCGGUGAUACAUUAUCAGGAGCCAGUGUUAUCAGAUCAUUCCAAGCCCAGUCGAGGUUCAUCAAGGAAUCAGAAGACCGGGUUGACAGAAACCAGAGGUUCUCAUUUUACGCACUGUGUGCUCUCAGAUGGCAAGGUGUACGUCUGGAGGUCAUCGGAAACAUCAUCGUUCUGGCCGCCUCCCUUUUUGCCGUCAUGUCACGUGACACCCUGUCAGGAGGACUUGUAGGCUUGUCAAUCUCCUAUGCUUUGGAGAUAACCGCUAACUUGAACUGGUUGGUGCACCUUGUUUCUGAAGUAGAGACACAGCUUGUUUCCGUCGAGAGAGUCAAAGAAUACACAGAUAUAGAUUCAGAGCCACCAUGGAAUAUACCCGAGAGACGUCCAUGUCAUGACUGGCCAGACGAAGGUGUGGUAAAAUUCACAGAUUACUCAACGCGGUAUAGAGACGGCCUUGACCUUGUACUCGACGGAAUCACCUGCACUGUGCAUUCCAGGGAAAAGGUGGGCAUCGUGGGCAGGACGGGAGCUGGUAAGUCCUCUCUGACUCUGUCCCUGUUCCGGCUGAUAGAAGCUGCAGGAGGUGACAUCAACAUAGAUGGUGUUGACAUCAGUACACUCGGGCUGCAUGACCUCAGGAACAAACUCACCAUUCUACCUCAGGAUCCAUCAUUGUUUGCCGGAAGUCUGCGAGGUAAUAUUGAUCCCUUCAACCAGUAUUCAGACAGUCAGAUCUGGCGGGCACUGGAACAGGCUCAUCUGAAGGCGUUUGUGGAGGUACUUCCUGAUGGACUGGAACACGAGUGUAGCGAAGAAGGCGAAAAUAUGAGCGUUGGACAGCGGCAGCUCUUGUGUCUGGCCAGAGCUCUCCUGAAGAAGACCAGGAUCCUAGUACUAGACGAGGCCACUGCAGCCGUUGACAUGGAAACAGAUGACCUGAUUCAGCAGACAAUUAGGUCAGAGUUCAAUGACUGCACAGUGCUAACUAUCGCCCACAGGCUCAACACAGUGAUGGAUUACGACAGGAUCCUUGUCCUCGACAACGGCUGUGUGUGUGAGUUUGACACGCCCUCCUCCCUGCUGCAACGUCCUGACAGCGUCUUCUACAACAUGGCCAAAGCUGCAGGAUUGGCAGGAUGA